UUUAGGAUAUUUACAUCAAAUUACAUGUGUGUUCAUCUAUGGUUGGAAUCAGUCACUACUCCAGUUGGUUAAAAUAUAUGUGGCGCUUAGACGGACUUCUGAUGGGAAAUGAUCACAUCUUUAAAUUGUUUCGAAAUAGAAAGAGCUUUUAUUUUGGCGUAUCGCUACCGGAAGACACCCUUUUGUUUUUCCACCAGCUUCACCCUGAACGUUUCCGAGCAUCAAACCACCGACAAGGCAGGGAAAAGUGCUCUCAGUUUCCAUUUACCGGAAAUGUGUUGAUCCUGGAAGACGAUGCGAGGCUGUUUUAUGGUGACCUUUGGACCUCCGAGACCAAAAGGCGGGAGACCUGUGUGAGUGAGCCUUCCGGAACCGCCGCCGCGGAGCUGAGCUCCGACGCGACAGGGCGGGGUGAUGCUGAGGUUCCGGUAUAAAGACGGUGAGAAAAUGGAAACCAGAAGAGACCCGGGGCCGGCAGACGACGCAGAGCGCGCAUGUGGAAGAGAGUAGAAUGAGAAGUUGAGCGAGCUGGUGUCGCAGGGCGGCCGUAACCGUCAGGAGAGGCCGGCGGCUGAGCGAAGCGGGUGUCUUUGCGGCGCGCCUCCGCCCCCUGUCCGUCAAAACAAUGAGGAAGCUCCUCUCAUUUUGUUGUCUUUUCCUGAUUACCGGCGGAGCGAGCUGGGCGAAGGCCGGCGAAAACCUGACGGCGACCGUGGACAGCAGCACCAACCUGACGACCGACAGCAGCAGCAGCAGGUUCCUCCGAAUCGGGGACGGAUCGUUGCGGGAAUUUGAGUUUCCGGAGAACUCGGACGGGGUGAUCGUGAUCUCCAGCCGGUUUCGGAGCUCCGACAGGAAAGACCGCCGGAGAGAGACGGUGAGCGUCCGCUCUCUGGACCCGGAGGUCCUCUCCAUUGUGAACGUGACGAACAGCAGCCUGAGCCACGCGGGUCCUUUCAGGAGCUUCGUCAUCAACAUCCGCUCCGGGUUCCCAGGCCGGGCUCAGCUGCAGAUCCAGCUGCUGGACCUGGACCAGGACCGGGACUCUAUGCCGGUUUUGGUUGAAGAGAGGACAGACUACUCCAUCAGAGUGGCGCCUGACAAUGACCCGGCCACCCGGCUCAUCCAGUCGGGGGGCUUGUCCCAUUUCACGGAGAACCCUGUGUUGUUCGCCUUGCUGCCUCUCAUUUUCGUCAACAAGUGUGCCUUCGGGUGCAAGGUGGAGGUGGAGGUGCUGAGGGGUUUGCUGAGGAGCCCCGUACCACUGCUUCUGGGUGUGGUGGGUCAGUUCCUGGUGAUGCCAUUCUAUGCCUACUGCGUGUCCCGGUUGAUCUCCUUGCCCACGGCGCUCUCCCUGGGCCUGGUCAUCACCUGCUCUGCCCCGGGUGGUGGAGGCGGUUACCUGUACAGCCUGCUGCUUGGAGGGGACGUCACCUUGGCCAUCUCCAUGACGCUGGUCUCCACCUUGGUGGCCACUGCAGCCAUGCCUCUGUCGUCUGCCCUGUACGGCCGGCUGCUGGGCGUGCACGCCGCCCUGCACGUGCCAUUUGUGAAGAUCCUGGGCACGCUCCUGUUUAUCGCCAUCCCCAUCUCACUGGGCAUGCUGAUCAAGCUGCGCUUGCCCGGCCUCACCCGCGUCCUGCUGGUGCUCAUACGACCCUUCAGCAUUGUGCUCAUGAUAGGCGGCAUCUUUAUGGCCUACCAGAUGGGCGCGUCCAUCCUGGCCAACGUCAGUCCCGAGAUCGUGGUGGUUGGGGUGACGGUGCCUUUGCUGGGCCUGGCGGUUGGAGCCGUCCUGGCUAAGCUGGCAGGCCUGCCAUUGCCGCAAAAGAAGACCGUUAGCAUCGAGGUGGGCGUCCAGAACAGCUUGCUGGCCCUCGCCGUCAUGCAGCUGUCUUUCCGGAGGGUGGAGGCAGACUUCGCAUCCCAGGCACCCUUCAUCGUGGCCCUCAGCAGCACUUCGGAGAUGCUGCUCAUGGUCCUGGGAAACUUCAUCCACCGGCGGUUGUGUGGCUCGGCCGUCCUCAGGAGUGACGCCUGAUUGUAGCUGCAGGUUUGCAGUUUUGUUCUGAACUUUUGUGAAGAAUGAAUCCUGUGGAAAUCUGGUUUCCCGGAGUUCUGGCUGCAAGACGCUCGACCAAUCCUAUCCACUCAUCACUGUUGUUGUACACAAGCUGGUGAAUGGACUGUUUGUGGUUAUUUUGUUGUUGGAUUAUUAUUAUUUUUUCAUGAUGACCAAAGGCCUUCUACCCUCUUUGAGACCUUUUUGUGUUGAUUUUACAUUACGUACUUUUUCAGAUCAGAUUAUACUGUGAGAUACUUUGAUGUAAAUAUUCAUAAAAAGAGAAAAACCUAUCAAAGAUGAGAUAUUUUUAUACCAGAUUACUUUUUUGUAAUCGGAAAUCAAAGACAUAUUUGUAUCAUGUUUACAAGAGGUCCACAUGUCGCAGUCUGGAGGGAAUUUUAUUGGCGGACGUGCAGAAAUUUUGUCAAUCUAAAGGAAUGCGAUUCAAAUGUUGGUUUUAAAAAUGUUUUUCAGUGAUUGUGUGUCCUGGAUCUUAAGAUCCUUGUACUUGAAUAUUUGCAAAGGAAAAAAAAAUAAAAAAAGUACAUUCAAUCCUU